AUCUAUUGCAGAGAAGGCCAAUUACGUCUUAUCUAAUGGUCUCGGCGGUGUAAUGAUGUGGAGCAUUGAAACUGAUGACUUCCGUGGAACUUGUGGUGACAAGUAUCCACUUCUGAAAAAAAUCGUUUGCUACUAUGGUAGCUGGGCCGCGUAUCGUCCUGGACUCGGCGCAUUCGAACCGUCCCACAUAAAUCCAGCUUUGUGUACACAUAUGAUUUAUACUUUCGUCGGUAUCACCACCAAUGGCGACGUACAAGUACUGGACAGCUGGCUGGAUCUGCCAAGCGGUAGAGACGGUUUCGGAAAGUUUACCAGGCUCCGCCAAUCUAGCCCAGGCACGAAAGCUAUGAUAGCGAUAGGCGGAUGGAACGAGGGAUCCGCCAAGUACUCUCAAGUCGCGGCAAACCCACAACUCCGUGCUCGAUUUGCCCAAAACGUCGUUAACUUCCUGAGGACGUACAAUUUCGACGGUUUCGACGUCGACUGGGAGUAUCCCAACCAACGAGGCGGAAAUCCAUCCGACAAGUGGAAUUUUAUCCUCUUGUUAAAGGAACUGAAGCAGGCCUUUAGUCAACACGGCUAUAUCCUCAGCGUGGCCGUAGGUGCUGCGAAAUCUUCGGCCUCUAAGUCCUACUAUAUUCGCGACGUGUCAGAAAAUGUUGAUUUUAUUAAUCUGAUGACGUACGACUUGAAUGGAUCGUGGAAUUCGGUCACGGGAAUCAACGCCCCGCUCUAUGCUUCCUCGAACGAACAUGGAGACCAAGCCAAUCUCAACGUUCAUGCGGCUGUCCAUUAUUGGUUAUCGGAAGGGGCGUCAGCGGAUAAGCUCAUUCUCGGUGUAGUCGGAUACGAUGACCCAAC